UGUUCUGCUUCUCCAAUUUGGUGAGAAUCUCGGUGAGUGCACUAAGGAGAUGCAUCAGGUUGCUGUGUUGCUGCUGCUACUCUUUGGAUUGUUCGGAUCAUUCUUCUGCAAUGGCGGCAAUCUAAUUGGUACUUCCACAGCAUCAAGGAUCCGAACAGCGAGUCAGCAGCAGAAUGCCAGUUCCCAUUUUGUUCUUGUUCAUGGAGCAGGCCACGGCGCUUGGUGCUGGUACAAGGUAAUCGAUCAACUACAGAAGCGAGGCCACAGGGUCAGCGCCGUUGACUUGACCAGCGCGGGGAUCAACGGAGUUGACCCCCGGUCUGUGACCAGCCUGGAGCAAUACUCCGGCCCGCUACUCCAGCUGCUCCGAUCGGUGCUGCGUGGCCACAAGAUCAUCUUGGUUGGUCACAGUCUCGGAGGUGACAGUCUUACCUAUGUGAUGGAAAAGUACCCUCACCGAAUUGCAGCUGCUAUUUUUGUGGCUGCAAAUAUGUUUCCAAGGGGCUCUAACGGGACUUUUGUUUACAACCAGGUUAUUACUAACAACAAGGUGGUACAGAACAGCAAAGUGUACUUCUACUCCAAUGGAUCAAAGACCCCUGUGGCUGCGGCAUUCAAGCUCGACUUAGUACAAGACGUGCUCUACCACCUUUCUCCAUCCAAAGAUGUAGUUCUAGCAAAGUUGCUGUUGAAACCUCGCCCGCUUUUCAAGCACCACAGUGCUGAGCUCUCACAGGAGAAGUAUGGAUCCAUUCCGAGGUACUUCGUGAAGACAACACUAGACAAGCUGAUUUCACCCAAGCUGCAGGAUUUGAUGAUCGAGUACAAUCCACCAAAACAGGUUUUUCAUGUUCAUUCCGAUCACAGCCCGUUCUUCAGCAAGCCUGCCAUCCUGUUGGAGUAUCUUCUCAAAGUUGCAAAGCUUCACCAGACGAAUUAAACAAUAGAAUCCUUCAACUAAAGCUAGCAAAGGCCUCAUUGAAAAAGUUUGGCCUUCCUCAACACUCCCAUGGCCUUGGCCUUCAGAGCCUCGGGUCACUCAAUCAGAUGUAAAACCUCUGUUUUGUCCAUCUCCAUGGCCAUGCGUGGUCAUGUUCUAUAUCCACCAGUGGGUACAACUGCUCGCCCAGCAUCUGAAAUGA